AUGGCUCCUCUAUUACGGCGACCGACGAGCGUGACAUGCUUCUUCUGCAAUUCAGCCAUAACGCCGCUCCCACAAAACCCGCGGAAUUUCCGCUGCCCGCACUGCACAUGCUGGAACCGAUAUGAUGCGCACGGCGAGAUCAUGUCAGAUGAGCCCGCCAUGCAUGACGAGACGUUGAACAAGAAGUCAUUUUCCAAGAGAGCUUCUCCGAGUAAGGAGCGCUUCCUCAGUGUUUAUACCAAGACACCGUUUUGUCAUGCAUGCACCACAAACCAGAUGCUUCUUACCAACCUCCUGGCCAACUAUUUGCCCCCUGCCAGCUCUCCCGAGUACGAACAUAGACUCCGAAUGCUCCCAGAGUACAAGCAAUCCCUAUACGCGCGCUACCCACCUGUCUGCUCAAACUGUGCUCCGGCAGUUGAAGAGGAAAUCAAGAAUAAGGAAGCCAUGGCUCGGACAAGUGCCCUGGGGGGAUGGCUGAAAGAGAGUAAGGGGAAAGGAAAGCAGAGACAGACGUCUGCUCUCCCGGACGAAGCAGUGAAGAUGAAGAGACAGCUUACCUGGUGGCAGAUCAGAGGAUGCCUCUGGGUGGUCACCCUGUGCUCCGCGAUAGCCGGAAAUCUUGUUGGUGCACUCGGGCAGGGCUUUCCCGCAGGCUUAGAGCCUAUGAAGCCUGCAUUACCUCUGUUAGGACUUCUAUCCCUGCUAUGGACAGCUUGGGAUCCCACAUAUCGGACUGUGCGCACUGCCGAAAGACAAGGACGUUCCGUUCGUGUUCAGGGCAAGCGUCAAUAUAAUGUCCUGCAAAUGACUGCUUAUUUAUUCCGAUUAUUGACUUAUAUAGUGCUUGCGACGUCCUGGUACCGGCCAUCUCUAGAUUACUUACACUUGCGCGAUCCAUCUUCCGCGCGAAGCCGAACGUAUUUCACGGCCAUGCUCAUCCUCGAAGUGACGAUAUUUGUUUGCUCUUUAGCCGUCCUGCGGCUACAUCAGCCAGCUGCCAUUCGUCUAAUCGACACGCAUUCGCAUAAUCGCUCUCUCACCCCGCAACCGCGCCCUGAAUCUCUGCCCUCCCUUCCUCCACACUCAACAGCCCUUGCUCCAGCCCAGCCGCCGGCUGACUCCGACCUCCUCGCCUCCCUUUCACUUUCAUCCAAACCCGUUCUACCCCCACCUCAGCCUGCUCAGAAUCCGGUCUUCGGCUUGCCUUCCCUUAUCAAUAAUGGUCAUAGCGCAAGGCCCUCUACUCCACCACCUCGCGAGCUCGAGGACGAGGACGCAAUGGACUGGACUCCAACCGAUCCCUCAGGUCCUCGUCCUCCACAGAGGAAGAGGCACGCCAACGAUGACGAUGGCAGUUGGCUGAGACCCCAGCGCUUCUUCCCGCCCGAACAGCCUACGGGGCUUGAAAGCUUGUUUCCGCGGAUACAGCUCAUCGAUGAUUCUUCGCAGUCGAUGCGAUACAAUGGCGGGGGAAGACCCGCCCUACCAGCAAGGUAUUGGCGAUGGGCCCUUGCGUUGGCUGCUUUGGCAGUUAUGGCAGGGGUAGGAUACAGAGCGUGGUCUGGCAUGCGCAUGAGAGAGGGGCCCGUUUAUGGCUCACAAGCACGACCGAUCCCUGCGCCGUUCGAGAUGUCUCUCGACUGAUAUGUCUGCAUUGGUCAGGCUCGCAGUGCCUGCUGUAAUGUUGCCGUCUGAUAUUACGACCGUCUUGAUUGGCAGAGCAUAAGCAAUCCCCUGGGCACUCAUCUCGUUGAUUGUAUCGCCG